ACGAGCCAAAAGUGAUUUCGAGAAAUUUACAGGAGGGCAGGAUGGUUUGUCACAUUUUUGUACAACUACUGAGAUUUCUUCGGAUAGCAAGUCUUGUGCCAAGACUUUAAUUGAGUACGACAUUGAUGAAACCUUAAAUAUCAAAGAAGAAAUCAUCCAUUAUCCAGAGAGUACAUCCGAAAUAAGUAAUGAAAAUUAUGAAUCAAAAUUAUUCAUCGUAGAUACGAAUGAUGAUAUUUUUGCUUUUAAAAAGAAACUCAUCUCACGAUUCAAGUGUAAAUUCUGCGGCAAAAAAUUUACACGGCAAUGUAACAUGAGGCGGCACAUUGGUCUCGUACAUCUUGAAAGCAACUUUAAAGUAUCGCAAACAAGGCAUAGUUGCGACAUAUGUUCCCGAAGUUACAUUUGGCCGAGUGAUUUAAGUCGACAUAAACGCUUAGCACAUGCAUCACUCAUACCACAAUUUGCGUGCGAUAUUUGCGUUUAUAAAACGAAUCAAAAAAGAAAUUUGUUCAAACACAUUUCUGCACGACACUCACAGGCAUUUAAUUUAAGACAUAAAUGCGACAAAUGUUCACGAAGUUAUCGUUCGUCAUGUGGUUUAAGUGAACAUAAACGUUUAGAACAUGCAGCAGUCAUACCACAAUUUUUUUGCGAUGUUUGUGAAUAUAAAACGAAACGAAAAAAUAUGUUGUCAAGACACAUUAUUGCAUGCCACAUGCAGACAUCAGAAUCAAAGCAUAAUUGCAACACAUGCUCGCGAAGUUAUCGUUCGUUAAGUGGUUUAAGUCAACAUAUUCGUUUAGAACAUGCAGAAGUCAAAGUACUAUUUAAUUGCGAUAUUUGUGGUUACAGAACUAAACGCAAACCUAACUUGACAAGACAUAUUACUGCAAAACAUGUCAAUAAGCUAUAUUUGUCACGCACGUGAAAAUUGAGAAAAGUCUUUUGUGCAUAAGAGUAGACUAUAUGGUGUUCCGGUAAAGAAUAUUUACGUUGCCUCGAUAUCGAAAUAAAUCAGUUUUUUUUUAAAUAUAUAAUUUCGUUUUUAUGCAUUUUGUUCAUUUGUAAAGUUAUUGGUAUGAGAAAGUAUACGUUAAGAAACAUUUUCAUUUUUAUUAACUAACAAAUUUUAAUAAUAUUAGACCAGAAAGGUUUAGUGCACUGAGGUCGUUUUGAUAAUUUAAGCUAAGAAAUUAUUGUUCUUUCAGAAAAAUAUAAAUAUAUUUCAUUAGAAGUUAAUGAAAUAACAUUUCAACGUUGCAAGAAGUAUUUUAUUAUUAAACUUUGACCAAAUUUUCUGAAGGAUCAUUUAAAAAAUAAAAUACCCGAAAUGUAUUAUUAUAUGAAACAUUUAUGAGAAUUUGAAAUCAAAAAUAUUGUUCACUGCCUGUAAAUCUAUCAAAUCUUCCAUGUAAACAAAGUUUAUUAAAACUUAUAUCCAUUUUAGUAUGAAAGCAAGAAGUUUUAGUGACUGUUUUUCUGUUAGCGCCUAAUUGAUUUAAAUUUCGCUUCGGAAUCAUUCCCUACAAUGUGUGUAAUGCCAUUUUUACUUGAAUAAAAUCCAAAUUAGAGCUC